UCCCCUACAGAAAGGAGAAUGGAUUGUGCAUUGGCUGUCUGAUCUAUGUACUUGUUGUAAGGAGGUGCUCCAACCACACUGAAUACAUCAUAGUAAUAUGUACUUCAGGGCCGUCACUAGUGGGUUAUGUGGCUGGGGGCAAAUCAGCAUAUGUGGAGCCUCCUUAACAUUUCAUAUCAUUACAGAAUCAUACUGAUUGAUGACAUACAGUGUAAAUAGUGUGACUGGGGUUUUUGGACAUGUCCAACCAGCUUGGACAUAUAAUGCAUUUCUAAAGAAAUAAAAAUAAAAAGCACAACACAUGCUUCACAGUUCUCAGACCUUCUGGGUUGCAAAUCAACUUGAGCAUAGUGCAUGCAUAAAUAAACAAGUAAAUAUUAUAUAUUGUUCCAGAAGUAUUUGUAAUUUUCUGCCAUGAAACAAACCACUUAUAGGACUUUUUGGAUGGGUUAAAAAAAAACACCCAACCGAACAAUUUGUCUAAUCCACCUCAAUUUAAAUAUACAGAUUCCUCCCACCUUGCCUUACAUCUCUGCUCAAUGCCAAAGCCCUAUGCCAAGUCAUUCCAGGUUAUCUAAAGGCUGGGGCUGAAAGGGGGGCGUUUUACCCUUUUUUAUGAAGGUAAAGGGCAGAUUCUUUCAUAUGGGGGUGGAAUGAUGGGCUAAGUGGGGGCUUCAGUUCCAGACAUUUUUGUAAUUUUCUGCCAUGAAACAAGCCACAUAGGACUUCUUGGAUGGGUUUUUUUUUUUAAUUAAAGAAAAAAAUUAAACAAUUUGUCCAAUCCACUUCUAUUUAAAGAUACAUAUUCCUCCCACCCUGCCCUACAUCUCUGCUCAAUACCAAAGCCCUAUGGCAAGCCAAUCCCUAAAUAUUCAAGAGCGGGGGAGAGAUAAACCACAAAAAGGAAAUCACAUCAUAUCUCCAUUACUAAGGCUGGGAUGGACUGGGCAGAGGUUCUGCAGAGAGCUCUGGUGCUGGACACUCUGCCUGCCGGCUUCCUUGCUUCUUUCCUGAACAGGCUUCAGCAAGGCCUGCAUGGAGGCCUCUCUGGAAGCCCCGCCCACCCUCCAAACAGCUGAGAGGUGGGGAGAGACAGAACUCUAGCAGUUUGCCUGGAAGCCUUUCAAGCUGCACACAGGCACAAAAGAUCAGCUCUGGCUGGGCUGUGGGGAAAGAGAAGUGGCUGGGACUGGGAGAGAGAGGAGGGCAGUCUGCACUGCAUUGUGCCCAGAGCGGGGCCUGUGCCAGCUCGGGGCAAUUGUCCUGGUCGCCCCUACUCAACUUUAGCCCUCCAGCAGAUGUUGGCCUACAAGUCCCAUAACCCCUGGCUAUUGGCCACUGUGGCUAGGGAUUAUGGGAAUUGUAGUCCUGAUAGCAGUACAUCCAGGUGUGCCUGGUGCACGGUGAUAUCAAAUUAGUCCAACACCAGAGAGACCUUUUUAAAGCUUUAUUUUACCACUGUAGAGUAAAACUGCAUAGACUCCCCCUGGGAAUCAAUUUGCAGAAGAAAAUGGAAGAUUCCCAGGGUUUUUAUAGCAAAUAGAUACAAAAUGGAUGCAUUGUCGCAUCCAACAACAAUAUGGAUGCAUUCAACUACAGUCUUGCCACGUACUCCAUAAUAAAUCAUCAUCACAUUAGUACAUUGAAAAUGCAACCUUCCUUUGUUAAAGACCUGUUAGUUUGUCUUCUAGAAGACUACUCUUAUCAGAAGUCUUCCCACCAUUUAAUCAACGAAUAAGGUAGGAGGCUCCUGGUGGUGAUGGUUACAAGUUCUCAAGGAUAAAGGGAGGAGGGAGUAAAGAGAGAGUGAAUCUGCUGACAAAUGUUCUUUUACAGACUAACAUGUACCCAGAAAUGGCAGACUAAGUUCCUGCACUAAGCAGGAACCUCGAUGGCAUGACUAAUGCCAAGCAUGGCCGAUUUUACAGAUAUCAGUUUAAAAACAGCUGGGGGGGGGGCGAAGUUGAGCAGGCCUGCCCUAAGGGGAACAUCUUACAGUGCUCACACAUCUCCCAUUCAAAUGCAUACCGGAGUGGACCCUGUCCCCACCUAGCAAAGGGGACAAUUCAUGCUUGCUGCCACAAGACCAGCUCUCCUGAGUUUCGGCCCCACCCAAUAAGUACCUCUUAUUUGAAUUUGGUCUCAGUUUGUUUAUCCCUCAUCCAGCCCAUCACUGCCUUCAGGCAGGUAUUUAGAGAAGUUAUGCCUUCUCCUGAUGAAAUUGACAUGGAGAAAUAGAUUUGGGUGCCAUCAGGAUACUGAUAACACUCCUGGUGGUGCCCUUCUGUCAAUUCCAUGGCACCACUCAAAAUUCCCGGGAUCCAGAGAGCAGAGCUUCCCAGGACCUAGAGCAUAGGUCUUCCCAACACCAGGCCCACCUCACCCCUUUCCCCUCAGGCUUUUCUUGUGUGGGUAAAAUGGUGCUGUGUCAGAUCAGUUUUGGGUCUCAUAACAUAAUUCAGACAACUGGUUUAGCAUAUGAAUUCUAAACUGCAUUUUGUCAUUAAUAAACAACGUUUUAAAAUAAAUUAGUGUUCAGAUCCAUUUGAAAUCAGAUGCAGUGUUAAAGAAGGGGGGGAUAUCUAUUUCAUGUUUCAGGCUAGCAUCUUUACAGCUCACAUCUAGCAGUCAGUGGAUUAUCUGCUGUGAUGUCACAAUGGGUCCAUGUAGGCAAGAGAAGGUUGGGUGGAAAUUGGUCCUCUGGCUACCAUUAACUUCCCAGCUUUGAUAACAGAGGAGGCUUGAGCAGCACAGUACUAAGUGGCAUUUGGAAGACCUUAGAACCCAAGAGCAAUUCUUGUUAAACCAUAUCAAGCAUUGCUGAAUGGAUAAACCAGCCAGCAAGCAGAUCUUGGUUCUGGGCUUGGAUGGGGCUGGAAAAACCAGCGUGCUCCACUCGCUUGCAACUAACCAGGUGAAGCGCAGCACGGCUCCAACAGAGGGCUUCAACGCAGUGUGUAUCAGCACAGAGGAAACCAAGAUGGAAUUCCUAGAGAUUGGGGGUAGCGAGUCAUUACGGUACUACUGGAAGAGGUACUUGCCAAGGAUCCUGCUGCUCAUAUAUGUUGUGGAUUCAGCAGAUCAUGCACGCUUACCUGUUGCAAAGAAGCUUCUUCAUCAGUUAGUCCAGAGUAGCUCCACCUUGCCUGUGAUGGUUCUAGCCAACAAGCAGGAUCUUGAAGGUGCAUACUGUAUCACAGACAUUCAUGAGGCUUUGGCAUUAUCUGAACUUGGAGAUGAGAGAAAGAUGUUCCUGAUAGGUACACAUGUGGCAGAAGAUGGCUUUGAGAUUUCUUCCAGCUUGAAGGAUACACGGGAACUGAUUGCACAGUUGGUGUCAGAUGCUCUGUGAUAGGCACAGGCAUGGGAUGCCGGUCCAAUGGGACAUAGAGUAUUCUUGUAUUACUGGCUUACAGCUGCAAAUAGUGUUGUUUUAAAUGUGGUGGUUAUCCUUGGCUAUGGAAUUCCUUGAAGGUGAUGCUGAAGAUGCGAGGAACUUCUGGUUUAAUUUUUUUUAUUUUAAAAUGUAAUGUAUUUGGAACAUCGCUGUCUUCUAAACAUGUAGGAGGAGAUAGAGAUUAUUGGGCAGCUCAAAUUAAGUACACAGUUGCUGUAUGGGUAACUAUUGUUGGCUUCAGCUGAAACUGUGUUCUGAUUUACAUAGAUUGAGAAGCUGACCUGUGGAAGAGCAAUAUGAGUUUAGUAUAGAGGAUGAUUUUGCUUAGAAUGUAAGGCCUAGGCCCAAAGAACCAAGCAGCUAGUUGUGUGAAGCCAAGAAGGCUUCUUCUUUGGGCUUAUAUUUCUUGAACAACUUCAUGGAUAUUUUUCCUCAGAUAUGUUUUCUUAAUCAGAAGGAAUUUUUUAAUAUUAUUAUAUUAUUUCACCAUUCCUUCCAUAGAGGUGUGCUUACUACUGCAGUAACUUUCCUAUUCUUUUUUAUUUAUUUUAUUUCCUAUUUUUAUUUGUUAUGUAUGGAACAACCACUCAGGAGAUCCCUAGAGAGAGCUACAGGGCCUGGUCAGACCCCCCCCCCGCCCCCACAAUGAGACUGAGAGUAAAUUUAACCCCUUUUUAUAAGGAGGGGGUUAAAAGUGUUUAGUCUUUCAUGGUAAGGGAGAUUCCAUGUUCAAAUAACUGUAGGAUCUUCUAGUUUGGUCUAGAAUAUCUCUUCUAUGAUGUGUCCUCUUGAUCUCUGUCAGAGAUAAUCCCCGUGGAUAAGCAAUGACUAAAUAGGACCAUCCAUUGAUUAAAAUUCUCAGUAUUUUCCCAGUGAAUUCUAGAUGAAGGGAAGGCAAUGGUUGGCCAGAUUUUUCCUGUAGCCCACAUAGUCAUGCAGAGCUAUUAAGUAUCCCUCAGGCCAAGUGUUCUGGGAACAGUAGCACUAAUGUCAGUGGUUAAAAAAAUUUUAAUUGGAAAUUUCCCCCAUUUUUUCUUCUUCAUUUGCAUAAGAGUCUUCCUCUUAGAAACAUUUCCUGUCUUCCUAAAUAAGACUGUGAUCUGACUUGGUGCAUUAUUUUCCCUAUAUAUAUCAAAAACAAACAAACCACAAAGAAGUACACCAUAUUAAUUUUACAAACUGUAUAAAUAUCUCAACAUUUUAUUGGGGGAAAAUCAAUAAACACACUUAAUGUGGUUUGAAUUUGUUUGGAAUAUUCCAUUUAAAGUUCACGUAGAAUUUAUUUAUAUUGGGACACUUGUAAAUCUCUAGACUGCAUCUCAAGCGCACAAGAGAUUUGAACCUGUUCUAUAAAGGAGAAAAUUAAGACACUGGAAAGAAUUAACCUAUACUGCUUUUUAGCAUGCCCAAAGAUAGGUUGUUAGUUACCUACUAAUUUUCUGUCUUGACUACAACUUAGUGGUAAGUGGCAGGAAAUUUUCCACAGAACAGAUUCUGCUCACAAGCCUUUUGCCUUCUUCUCAGAUCUUGAAGGAAUUAAAUUCUUGCUUUUGCAUUCAGGCUUAAGGGAAGAUUACUAAUAGGGAAAUGAGUUUCUGUGUCUAGACGCCUGAGAGCAGGAAGGGGCAUUUUGAGAGGUUCCUUUCAUAUGCAAAGAUAGUGGCAGAUGUGCUCUCUCUUCUCCAUUGAGAGCUCAGAAUGAUGCGAGAUCGAAAGAAGAAUUGCAAUCUAUACUUGCCCUCUUAUUUUAUUCUGCUUUGCAUUGAAUAGGGGAGGGGAUGCAAUUUAUUUAUUUACCAGCCAAAGCUUAGUGAAGAUGCAUCGAUUAUUCCAGAUAGAGAGGUAAAGACUGCAUCACCCAAGCCAGUUGCCUGGCUUUUGUUUCUUUGAGACGCUCUGAGGACUACACAGAGAAAGUUGGACACUUAUGGGCUUGACAUUAUUGGGAAGCUUAAUAUAGAAGCCAGGACUUUUUGUGUCUUUCUCUCUAAACUAUUGCUUCUUCUAAACUAUUUCUUGUUAUGGCUGCAAUGCAAUGGUUUGCUGCAGUUCUGAGUCUGGAUGUUAAAGAUGCAGUACUGCAGCAGUGGCAAUCCUGUCCCAUAAAGCCAUAUUUUACCUGCAAAGUUUCACAAAACCUGCCUGUCCCAAAUAGAGGAGUGUGCACUCAGGUUUUUGCUUGAGGUAGGAAAGGGCCAGUUGCCUUGCUAGCUUCUGCUCUUGCUUCCAGGACAAGUGCGAGCAUGGAGAUCAGAACCCAUCUUCAGAGGAACUGUUACCUCAGAGUUGCGUCAGGCCAUCUCUGAAAAUUAAAUGGCCCAAUUAAGAGCUCCAGCCCUGGCGACGGUUGCCUUGGUUACUCCAGGCUUGGAGCCAAUUUAGUGAGACACGGUCAGGUCAAAAACCUGCUCAGUGCCUGGAUAGGUGACUGCCUGAAACCCUUUAUAGGCUGCUUUAUGUGCCAUGAUGGAAGAAAGGUGGGAUAGUAAAUAAAUAACAUUAAACUUGAUGCAGCAGACCCAUUUCUUCCAGCAUGGGCUGCCACCAUACAUCUGUGAAGCAGGGUGAGGAAUGGGGUAGCUUUUCGGUGGAAAAGUAGGGUGUGAGGUGUGUGUCUACGGAACCCUUUGUGUUGCUUUUUGUCUGCAGCCCCUCCCCUGCUGCUUUUCUCCUAAUUGGGCUCAUGUCCAGUCUUGGAGGGCAACUUCUUUGGAAGGAGAGGGGUUGCAGGGAUAAAAGCAAUAAGCAGAGGAACAAUUCAGCACUCUUGUCCUACUUCCCACUCCUCCACCUGAAAUUGCUCCCCUCCCCACCCCACCCACACUCUUUACAGUUGCUAAGUAGCAAUGCACGUUUGAAGACCUUGGCUUGCUGCCAUCCCAUGUCGUUCCACUCUUAAGACCAGUCGCUUUCCUUGCAAGCCCAAAGCAGUGUCCUCAAAUACCUCAAGCAAACAAGCGGCAUCAGUAGUGCAACAUUUACAUCUGACUUCUGCUCCCCUUAAUAACGUUCUCAGGUGAUGUUCAUAGCAGACCAAAUUGUAUUGACAGUGACAGGAUAAGGAAAACAACUCAAGACUGUACCUCUGAUUAACACUGAAGCAAAUGCUUUCUGAAGUUUUUGUAACAGAAGCGACUGUAAAAACGUUUUCUAGGAAUGUUUUUUCCACUUGUGUACUAAAGUAGUUCCUUUAUAUAAAACCAGAAUAUUUUUAUCCUACUUUGUUGUGUGAGACUUGUGUGAGACUGAUUUACAUGAACAAACUCUUACCGUGAGAUAUGGCCCCAGCAGUAUUCCCUCUAAGGCAUGUGCGAGUGUGUGCACUCAUACCUUUUUUUUAAUGCCCCCUCAAUUAAUUUAAGAUACCACUCAGGUUGAAUCAGGCAGGCCCCACUCUGAAUGCAGGUGCACACACGUUGCCGCCCAGAACCAAACUUAUUCUGCACACAGAUGAAAACAAUUAGAGAGAACACUGGGCCCCAAGGAUGGUCAGUGACUUCCAAGUGACAAGGAGUGGUUGAGGAGGAGGAAGGAAAUGUACAGAAGGGGACAUGGCCCAAGAGAGGGAAUUUGGUUAACAGUCAAGAAGAAGGAUCUAAUUGCCAUGUUUGACUUGCUUUUAAUUACUUUGAAAGCCUGUGCUUUCUUGGGUUAGGAGGAUUCUAUGAGGUUUGUGGCCAGGCACAGUGUACAUUACUGCAUGUACACUGGGAUUUCCACUAUGUCUCCUUCCAACUGCAUUGGCAGUCACUACCAAAAGUCCUCAAUAUUCCUGGUCAAGCGUGUUGGGCUGUAUUGGGAGUGAAGCAAUAGUGGGGAUGAUCAGAAUUGGAUGUUGGAAGCUAAAAAGCAUUGCUCCAUAUGCAAAGCUUCCUGAGCAACUCUUUUGAUCUGUCUCUAGAUUUGUAAGUUUUUAUCAGUUUUGUUGGUUCAUUUUCUCAAAUUACAGUGAGCAUAUAUUCAGCCCUGUAUAAAUAACGUAGCAAAGAAUUCUUUAAAAGCAAAAUGUGUUCUUGUCAGCCAGACAGGCACUGGGUCCUCUAGACCCAUGUUCUUCCUUCUCACUUAAGAACUGUCUUUGUUUCUAAUGUCCCCAAUUUUGCUCUGAACCAGCCAUUGGCUAAGGGCUCUACUCUUAACUUUCUCUCCCACCCCUUGCUGUUUCAUUUACUACUACUACCAUGAACAUUUAUAUACCACUUUUCAACAAACGUUCCCAAAGUGGUUUGCAUAAAUAUGAAUAAAUUAAUUGGCUUCCUGUCCCCAAAGGGCUCACAGUCUAAAAAAGAAACAUAAGAUAGACACCAGCAAUAGCCAUUGUGCUUGGGAUGGAUAAGACCAGUUGCUCUCCCCCUGCCAAAUAAAGAGGAUCACCACCUUAAAAAGUUGCCUUUUUGCUCAGUUAGCGGGAGCAAACUGAGGAGAGCUCAGUUUAGGAGAGCUGGUCUCAUGGUAGCAAGCAUGAAUUCUCCCCUUUGCUAAGCAGGAUCCACCCUGGUUUGUAUUUGAAUGGGAAACUACAUGUGUGAGCACUGUAAGAUAUUCCCCUUAGGGGAUGGAGCCACUCUAGGAAGAGCAUCUGCAUGCUUGCAUGCAGAAGGUUCCAAGUUCCCUCCCUGGCUUCUUCAGGAUAGGGCUGAGAGAGAUUCCUGCCUGCAACCUUGGAGAAGCUGCUGCCAGUCUGUGUAGACAAUACUGAGCUAAAUGGACCAAUGGUCUGACUCAGUAUAUGGCAGCUUCUUAUGUCCAUGGAAAGUCUCAUUCAGCACUUGGGGGGGGAGGGGUCCCUCAGCUGAAAUGGCCUCUGUGUGUGUACAUGGGAGGGCACAGGUCCGGUUGGGGCACUAGGAACUUGCUAUAAAUACCAGGCAGUUCACACUCCUUACAAAGAGAAGAUAGAAAAUAGACACACAACUAAUACAAUUGACACACACCCUCUUUGAGUAGUUCUCACACACUGACUUCACUUUCACAAAACUAAUCUAUUUAUAUGUGAAGAAUGAUUGGACUGAUUGCGUACAUUGAAGUUGUAAAUCAAAGCACCUUCAUAUUUACAGAAUGGCGUUUCUAAAUUCUCAGCACAUGGUCACCCAUUCUGAUGCAGAUAUACACCAGUUGUGCUGUGUAGUAGACCAGGGUGCUUUCCAGACUGCUCUGAGGAAGAGGUGUAGAGUCUUCUGGUUAACCCUAAUGUUCUGAAGCCAGUUAAGAGUGAGCCGUGUCGGAUUGAGGCUUUGGAGGGGAGAACAGACUGGGACGGGGUGUGGGGCUGAGGCUUCGAGCUGGUGCCUUGCCUAAAGCCAUCUGGAAAGUCUGUGGCAGGGGUGAGCUUUAAUCCGGUGGGGUGGGGGGGCCUGCCUGAUCUGUAGCUCAGGCUUCUGGCCACUCUGCUAAAAAAGCAAGGAAAGGGGCCCCGCAUAACCAGGCCAGCUGGACAGUGUGGCAUCCGUGAAGGUCUGUGUGCUUACUAGCAGAUGCAGGCUUGCCAUAUCGAAGCCUACAUCCUAAGACAAACAUUCCAAGUGCCUCUCUGGCUCAAAGCCCACACACCUACCCCCAUUACCUGUUGGGGGUUGUUAAUUUUACCCCCAGUAGUAACCAGCAGAGCACUAAGGAAGAGCACCCACUCCAGUUACAGAGGAGUUUGCCGUGCUUGGUUGUUGCAGCUAUUUAGAGAAAACACAUGGAGAUUCUCGUAGAACUAAAUACCAAGUAUUUAUUGGUGAAGUACACUUUGGAUAGGAAAGACCUAAUCCUACAGAACUACAUAAUGAAUAAGUAGGAGGAGAGGGGGGGGGGAUUCCCAUCUGCUCUCUAAGAGGAAAGGAAGGGUGGGGGUUGUUGUUUUUGCUCUCAACAGGAAAUACCUGAAGAGUCAUAUCAGGGGUCAUAGAGUAGACACAGGUAGAAAAGUUAGGGUGACCCUUACUCACUGUCUCUACUCCCAAUGCCCCUAGCGGUCAUUAGGAUAGUUUGUGCAAAAGGUGAUGCACACUGGAACUCCAUCUCCAACAUUACCUACCCAUAGUGGUCCACUCCUCAGUUUCCUGCUGGCUCCCUCUCUCUCUAUAUAUAUAUCCAGCCAUGUGUUCCUGGAUAUAGUAGGAAAAGGAAGCCAGACACUUCUGUAUGCAAGAGCUAGCCGGGAAGGAAUUUGGACCAGGCAAACAGGUGAUGCCGAGGUGCUUUCCUGAUAAAACCCAGGACAGAGCAGGGAGGCUUCCAGGUGGUGGCGAGCCUGCCAGCAGAGGUGAAUGGCUUGGUCCAAAGAGCUGAGCAAAGGGGCGAAAAGCCAGCUGGGCUGGGGUGGGGGGUGCUCAGCUUUCUGCGCCAUCACCCAUGUCGGUCCUUCUGCCGAUCCAUCCAGCUUGCCUCACACCCAUCAGAAGUCAGACCCACGGAGAAACCUCUCGUGGGUACCUCUCCCUCUACUAAUCUCCACAACGCUCCUGCUUCCCCACCACACUGAGGAGGGAGAUUCUGCAGCCCAGAAGUCCUGUCAUCCAAAUCAGCUGAAGGUGAACGCUUGCCCUGCUCUUGGGCCCCCAAUCUAUCUCUUUCUUAAACCCAACCUCAUCUCUUUCUCUCUCUCUCUCAAGCCUCUUUCUCCUGCCCACCUGAGAUCUCACACAAUUAGACUUUAAGCUAAAACGCCUCAUUGCAGUUGGUUUGUUUAGAAAUUUUCUUUAUUGCUGUUUAAGUUAGAAACGCCUCAUCGUAGUUAAUUGGCUUAGUAACAUAUCUUUACUGCUUUAACCGCACAAUUCUCUUCCUGUAUUCCCCUCCCUCAAAUAAAUUCUUUUUAUUUUGAAACUA